AUGGCAUCUUCGAGCGUGAUUAACUCAAAGGUGUGGAAGGGUAUAUGGCGCGCGGAGGCGUCCCCGAAAUGCAAGAGCUUCGCGUGGCGCGCGUACAUGGAGGAACUACCCGUGAAAACCUUCUUGUUGGAGAAAGGCGUGAUCGAGGACAAGCUGUGUCCGUGUUGCGGCGAGGGCGAAGAGGACACCACGCACGCGCUGCUCGCGUGCGAGGAGGUCAAGCGCAUCUGGUUCGUUGCGCUUGACCUCAAAGUGGAGUCGCUAUCUGCCGCAACCAAGUGCUCGCUCUCGCAGUGGAUAGAGGAGUGCGUGAGCACGUUGGACAAGAAGGAGAUGGGCAUGGUUUGCGCCAUCAUGUGGGCGAUCUGGCACAGGCGCAAUGCGUUGGUUUUCACUGAGAAGAAGCUUGACUAUGCGCACGUUAUUGCUAAGGCCAGGUCCAUGUUUGUUCCCGUGGAGUGGCAACCACCGUCGCAUCCCAACGUUAAGGCCAACUUUGCUGCUGCUGUAAGAGACAACGUUGGAACUGGCAUGGGAGUCAUUUUUAGAAACUCUCUCGGUUCAACUAUCGCAUCAGGUACAAGUUUACUAGCACAAGAGUGUUUUGAGUCCCAAAUUGCUGAGACACUGUGCAUGAGUUGGGCAAUAGAGCAAUCAGGGGAGUUGGGUCUUUCGGACGUUAUCUUCGAAACCGAUUGCCAACGGUUGUACAGAAAAUGGAACCAAGAAAGCAGCAGCAGCAGUAGUGCCUAUACGACCUACUUCGAGUCACUGGUAGAAGAUUGCAAAUUCAUGAUCGAAGGGACAGGAUCGUCUCUGGCGUUGGUGCGUCCCUCAGCCAAUAAAGUGGCACAGUGCUUAGCCACACUGGCUUUUGACUAUGGCGAGAGAGGUUGGAUCGAGGAGGUGCCGCAGGAGGCUUCUCUCUAUUUACAAGCUGAUGACAACGCAAUUGCCGAUAUUGUUGCAGCUCAUCAAUGA